AUGGGAGCUGAGCAGCAACCUUCUUCAAAGGUUGGCAAGAAGCCACAUUUAUCAUUAGCUCAUGUCUUCCAUUUUGUCCUCUUUGUCAUUGGUUUGUCCAUUGGAAUCACAGCUAGCUUGUACAUUAAAAGCUUCUCAUCCUAUUUCCGCACAACUCCGUUGUCUCUUCCGCGACCAUCGCCAAUAAUCUUGCUACCGCCGGAAUCACCGCCCGUUCCUCCCUUACCGCUACAACUACAACCACCACCACUGCCACCGCCACCACCGGCAGCAUUCAUGCACGACAUGGAUGAUGGCGAGUUGUUCCGGCGGGCAUUGAUGGUUCCAAGGAUUAGAGAGUUUCAAUCUGAUUAUGUCCCAAAAGUUGCUUUCAUGUUCUUGACAAAAGGGCCUAUACCUUUGGCACCAUUGUGGGAGAAGUUCUUUGAAGGUCAUGAAGGGCGUUACACCAUUUAUGUCCACACUCAUCCCCUCCACAAUCAUUCUUUCCCUGUUAAUUCUGUUUUCCAUGCAAGAAAAAUUCCAAGCCAGGCAGUGGAAUGGGGAAGACCGACGAUGAUUGACGCAGAGAGGCGCCUCGUAGCGAACGCACUCCUAGACUCCUCGAACGAGAGAUUUGUUCUUCUAUCAGAAACUUGCAUUCCUCUCUUCAACUUUACAACAACAUACAACUAUCUCAUAAAAGCCAACCAGAGCUUUGUAGGCUCAUAUGAUGACCCAAGGAAAAUUGGGCGUGGCAGAUACAAUCCUCAAAUGUCACCCACAAUUUCUCUAGCAAAUUGGCGCAAAGGGUCCCAAUGGUUUGAAGUGAACCGCAAGGUAGCCCUUCACAUCAUUUCUGACAGCAAAUAUUACCCUUUGUUUAGCCAGUUUUGUAGCCCUCCAUGUUACAUGGAUGAGCACUAUAUUCCCACACUAGUCAACAUUCUUUGCCCCCAAGAGAACUCCAACAGGAGCAUCACAUGGGUUGAUUGGUCUAAGAGUGGCCCACACCCUGGAAAAUUUGUGAGGCAAGCUGUUACUGCUGAAUUCUUGGAUCAAAUAAGGUUUGGUACUAAGUGUACAUAUAAUGGAAACAUUGUUUCCUCUAUAUGCUUUUUGUUUGGGAGGAAGUUUAUGCCCAACACUUUGCAACCCUUGUUGCAAAUUGCACCAGUUUUGAUGGAUUUUGGUGCUUAA